AUGGCGGCCAAGGUACACACUAACGGCGAUUUGAACAACACCCAAGCUCUCCGGAAGACAAUCGAAAUCCGUCCUGAUCCCGCAUAUGCGCGGCGAACACUGGCCAUUCCCGAAGAUGAAGACGACAGCGCCAUUCGCGCGCAAUAUCGACCUUUCCUCCAGCGCGUCGAUGUAGCGAGCAGCGACUGGGUGGCGAAGUUGGAGCUGGGCACGGCGCUGAAGAUGGCGGAAGCGGACCUCCAGCGAACGCACGGCGACAGGUUGAAAGUGAUGGUGCUGUUCGGCAGCAUGCGCAGCCGCUCCUACUCGCGCCUGCUGGCCUUUGAGUGCGCACGCAUUCUCUUCCGUUUGGGCUGCGACGUGCGCGUCUUCGACCCUACCGGCUUGCCGGUGAAAGACGACGUGCAGCACGCCCAUCACAAGGUGCAAGAGCUGCGUGAUCUGAGCAAGUGGAGCGAUGGCCACAUCUGGGUUUCGCCCGAGCAACAUGGUAACCUCACGGGCGUGUUCAAGAACCAAAUCGACUGGAUCCCGCUAAGCACAGGCUCCGUACGCCCAACGCAGGGCCGCACGCUCGCCAUCGCGCAGGUCUCAGGUGGCUCGCAGUCCUUCAACGCCGUCAACUCGCUGCGCAUCCUCGGCCGCUGGAUGCGCAUGUUCACCAUCCCCAACCAGUCUUCCGUGCCCAAAGCGUACACGCAAUUCACCGAUGCCAGAGACCCUGGUGUCGACGACGACGACGGGUAUGUCGAGGCCGAGGGCGGCAGUCGACUUAUGCCGUCUGGGAACCGCGAUAGGCUGGUGGAUUGCAUGGAGGAGUUUGUCAAGUAUACGAUUGUUAUGCGGCAGCAUUUUGAUCUGUUCAAUGAUCGGUUCAGUGAGCGGGCAGAGCGGGAGUCGAAGCGUGUUAAGGAGGAGAGUAUGAAGGGAGAGGUGGAGAAGGCAGGGCAGGAGGGGAAUGCAAAGACCAUAGCGAGCGCGGAGCUUGUCAAUGGCAUCGACGUAAGUGGGAUUUGA